AUGAAAGUAAUAUCCAAGUAUCCCUUCCAAGCUGUCCCAGGAAUGCAACAGCUCUCAUUUCCAGCCGGCGCCACAAUCCGGGCAAAGAACCAAUCGAACCAAGGCGGGUGGAUGUAUGGAUCUUAUGCAGGUCAGAGUGGCUGGUUUCCGGAAUCGUACGUAGAAAGAUAUGGUGGAAUGCCUGCAGCACCAUCGAUGCCAUUGACUCCUGUGUAUGAAAGACAAUCAGUGGCGGCUCCCGACAGUCCCCGCGGCAAUCGCGAACGGACGUUUACCCAAGAUGGCCAAGAGGAAAUGGAGGGAGAUGCCUUUAACAUGAUGGGUGGAAAUCCAGGUGAACUUUUUGAAGGAGCACCCAAACCCUACUACCACAAGCAACAAGAGGUGCAAGAAGAGCCAGAUACUACACCUAGUUUCUUGAAGGACAAGGAAGAAGAGCCAGUGGAUAUCUAUCGCCAUGGACCCACACGAAAACACAUCUUUCAUCGAGCCGAGUAUACACCGGUUCAAAUCACGUCGGCGCCAGCACCGAGGACGCCCACUACAUCCAAGAGCACAAAGGUAGCACCGGUAGGUCUCUCGCCGACCACAGCGGGCGACUUUUGGAAGGCACAUCCCGGAAGAGCCGACCAAUCAGCUUCUCCCGAACAAGCUGCGGAACUGGAGAAAGCCUUUGAGGGGCUGAGAGACUCGGAAACUAUUGCCAUUGUGCCAGAAGAGAAGAAAUCCAAGUUCCCCUAUAUUCCGAAAUCUCUCAAAAAGGCAGCCAAGAAGAGUAAAGAGGGCAUGAAAGAAGCUCUCCACAGAUUUCCUGCUCCUACACAACGUGCCUAG